AUGACGAGCAGAUCUUUCUUGCUAACUCAUACCUUCAAGGAUGUAUCAAAACUCGACGAAGGAGGCAGUUACUACAGUGAUAUUGAAAUACGACACAAUAUUCCAUGGAGGCUCAGCAUUUCCAAAAAAGACGGAUUUCUUGGUGUAAAUCUGCACUGUGAAAAUAAGGAAUGCUCCGAGACGAAAAAAUGGUCAUUUCAAACAAAAUUCACGAUGAAACUAGUAGCUGUCAGUGGGAAAUUCUUCCAACGGACUGUACAACAUGAAUUCCAAAAGCCUGAAGGACAUGGAAUGGAUAAAUUAAUUAGUUGGGAGAAUAUGCUAAGGGAUUAUGUGGAUGAAGACAGUAUUAUCAUUGAAAUUCACGCCGAUAUUGUUAGCAGUUCAGGAUUCUUCGAACAGAAAUGUCUUCCAAAUAUGCCAGCUGAUUCGGGAAAAUCGUUCGUGCUAAAACAUACCUUCAAAAAUCUCUCGAGAAUUCUAGAGGGAGAGUACCAGUAUAGUGAUGUAGAAGUGCAUUACAAUAUUCCAUGGAAAAUUGAAUUACAAGAGGAAAACGGAUCUUUUGGAUUCCAUUUGCACCACGUGUCCGAAGAUAGGACAAAGACUGUCGUGGUGGAACGUGAGAUCAAAUUGAUUGCUGCAAACGGAAAAUUUCAUUCGGUACCGAAAAGAACUUGUACAUUUGGUGCAAAAUCUGGUAGUGUAUUUUUAAUUUAUUGCAAUGGUAUAGAAAAAGAUUAUGUGAGCAAUGACAGUAUCGAUGUGGAGGUUCGCGUGAAAAUAAUUGAAGUCAAAGAUGUACCAUGCCUAGAGAAAUCAUUUGUACUAUCCCAUACUAUCAAGAACAUGUCAAAUAUUAAAGAAGGAGGGAGCAUCUUUACGGACAUUCAAACUUGGUUUAACAUUCCAUGGAGAAUGAAAAUCGAAAAACAAAAUGGAUUUCUAGGAUUAUAUCUUCUUCAUGGGAAAAGCCAACCUGAAUCCAAAAAAUCGUCAAUUGAACAUGAUUUUCAAUUGAAAAUAGUGUCACCAAAUGGAAAAAUUUUAUCGAUUGAAAGAGGUGGUGGCGUUGGCUGGGACAUGUUCCUCAGAUGGGAUGUGUUGGAGGAGGAUUACCUAGUCAACGACACCAUCAUAGUAGAAGCUCGUGUGUGGAUUCGGAAAAUGACUGGAAUGGAGGAUGUUGAGAAGUUUCCGGGAUUCGUGAUUCCAGUGGGGGAUCAGGAGUAUUCAUUGGAGAAGUGGCUUGAGAUGGCUUUUGAUCACUGAAAAUGGGAUUUUAGCGUUAAAUUAUGUAUUGGUCUUUUAAGAUUAACUUUUUUUUUCAAAACUUUGACGUGAUAAAGGUUUUAAUAAUAUUCC